AUGUCCGAGCACGAGGAUGAUCAUCAUUUCGAUAACGCCGAAUCGGGUGCCGCCGCCACUUUCCCCAAGCAGUGCUCAGCUCUCCGAAAGGGCGAGCAUGUGAUGAUCAAGGCACGUCCAUGCAAGAUCGUCGAGAUGUCCACAUCGAAGACCGGAAAGCACGGACACGCCAAAGUGCACAUGGUGGCCAUCGAUAUCUUCACCGGAAAGAAACUCGAGGAUAUCUGCCCAUCCACUCACAACAUGGAGGUGCCAAUCGUCAAGAAACGCGAGUUCAUGUUGAUGGACAUCGGUGCCGACGGUUUCCUCAACUUGAUGGACCCGGAGUCGUGCGACACAAAGGAUGACCUCAAACUUCCCGAGGAUGCCACUCUUUCCACUCAGAUCAAGGAAGCUUUCGAGAAAGAUGAGACCGGCAUUAUGGUCAGCGUUUUCUCGGCUUGCGGUGAGGAGGCUGUGAUGGGCUUCAAGAACAUGCCCAAGGAUCAG